GCAAACAUUCGGACCCGAUGUCACCUGCUCCAAGGCUGCCUGCGAUUAACGUUCGAAGGCCGUCUGAAACCCUAUAAAAGAAGAAAGAAGAAAUAAGAGUAAGAAGAGAGAGAGGGAGAAUAAGAAGGAGAAGAAGAAGAGAAAAGAAGAGGAAGAGAGGAGAAUAACGUUCGAAGGGAAACGACCGACAAAUUCAAAAUGUCAGUGGAAGAAGACGAUGCAAGUCUGAAAGAACUUGUGACUAAGACGUUGCAGACGAAUGGAGUCCUCGGGAAGAUACAGGCUCAGCUAAGGGCCAGUGUCUUUCUUGCCUUAGAGGAGGAAUUUAAAGAUAAAAAUAUUCCACUGGUCAGUGCCUCUGCAAAGCAGCUACUAGCAACUCCAGAAGGAGUCUUAGCAGCUGCGUUGGUUCAUAACUUCCUUCAGUGCCUUAGUCUGGACUUUUCUCUCGCUGUUUUUGCUCCAGAAUCAGGACAUUCCACCCUAUGGACAUUCCCAGGAGAAGAUGCCUUAUCAAGCAAUCUCAACCUCAGUAAUAAGCAAGCUGGUGAUAAAGCUCCAUUACUAAUAGAACUUCUGAAAGAAAGGACGACAUCUAAGCCUUCCGAAUUAGGG